GCGACGCGUCGCGACGCGACGCGGUGCAAAUCGGGAAAGGGGAUGAACUGGACUAGCUUCUGACGGGAUAGCGAAGGCUGAUUCUUCCUCAGGUUGUGGGAGAUGGGCCUUUGGCUAGGAGGCCGGCAUUAAUGAAGUGCGCCCGACAGUACGGAAAGAACAACUUUUAAUGAAAUACACCAUCCAUUGUGAAAGUAGAGCAGUAAAGAUUAUUCAUCAUGCCUGCUGUGGCUUCCGUUCCUAAGGAACUCUACCUCAGUUCUUCACUAAAAGACCUCAAUAAGAAGACAGAAGUUAAACCAGAGAGAAUAAGCACUAAGAAUUACGUACAGAGUGCCCUGAAGCUCUUCAAGAAAGCUGAAGAAAGCAGGUUAGAUCGUGAUGAGGAGAGGGCCUAUGUACUAUACAUGAAAUAUGUGACUGUUUAUAAUCUCAUCAAAAAAAGACCUGAUUUCAAGCAACAGCAGGACUACUUUCAUUCAGUUCUUGGACCGUCAAACAUCAGAAAAGCUGUUGAAGAAGCCGAAAGACUCUCUGAAAGCCUUAAACUCAGAUAUGAAGAAGCUGAAGUUCGGAAAAAACUUGAAGAAAAGGACAGACAGGAGGCAGAGCAACUGCAGAAACAGAAAAGGCAGGAAGCAGGACGAGAGGAUGGUGGCAUGUCAGCUAAAAGUUCUCUGGGGAAUGCAUUGGAUUCCAAAGACAAAACCCAAAAGAUCAAUGGUGAAAUGAGUGAAAAAAAUGAGACCACAGAGAGAGGAGCGAUCACAGCAAAGGAACUAUACACAAUGAUGAUGGAUAAAAACAUCAGCUUGAUUAUAAUGGAUGCUCGAAGAAUCCAGGAUUAUCAGGAUUCGCAUAUUUCAGAUUCUCUCAGUGUUCCUGAAGAAGCCAUCAGCCCAGGAGUCACUACUAGUUGGAUUGAAGCAAACCUGCCAGAUGGUUCUAAAGACAGAUGGAAGACGAGGGGGAAUGUAGAUUAUGUGGUACUUCUUGACUGGUUUAGUUCUACAAAAGAUUUACAGCUCGGAACAACUCUACGGAGUCUGAAAGAUGCACUUUUCAAGUGGGAAAGUAAAACCAUCCUGCGCAGUGAGCCUUUGGUUUUAGAGGGAGGCUAUGAAAACUGGCUCCUUUGCUAUCCCCAGUAUACAACAAACGCUAAAGUCACGCCACCCUCACGAGGCAAGAAUGAAGAGGUGUCUAUCUCAUUGGAUUUUACUUACCCCUCACUGGAAGAACCAGUUCCUUCUAAACCUACUGCCCAAAUGCCACCUCCUCCUCUACAAGUAGAUGAAAAUACAGAAUUGAAAAAGGAUCAAGAUGAGAGAAUGGGACCACUUAAUAUACCAACUCCAGUUGAACCAAUUGCUACUUCUGAAUCUGAUGUUUCACCUACAAUUCAGCCAGUGCCUGUUGUAAAGAAUGUUCCACAGAUUGAUCGUACUAAAAAGCCAACAUUAAAAUUAUCUGAAGAUCGUAAUAUAAAAUCUGAAAGUACAGACCAUGAGCAACAGUCUCCUCAGGAUGGAAAAGUUGUUCCUGAUCGUUCCACAAAGCCAGUAUUUACUCCAACAGCUGCUACAUUAACAAAUGAAGAAAAAGCUCGUAUUCAUGCAGAAACUGCUCUUCUAAUGGAGAAGAGCAAACAAGAAAAAGAACUUCGGGAAAGGCAACAGGAAGAACAGAAAGAGAAACUGAGGAGGGAAGAGCAAGAACAAAAAGCCAGAAAGAAACCAGAAGAUGAAGAAAAUGAAAUCACAGAGAAGGAACAAAAAACAAAAGAAGAAACAGAAGAGAGAGAAAGUGAACAGACCAAAAAAGAAGAUAAAGAAACCUCAGGAAAGCGAGGCAAAGAAAUAACAGGAGUAAAAAGACAAAGUAGAAGCGAACAUGAAACUACUGAUGCCAAGAAAUCUAUGGAAGACAGAGGGAAAAGGUGUCCAACCCCAGAAGUGCCAAAAAAGUCGACAGGAGAUGUGCCCCAGAUAGAAGAUUCAGGUUCAGGCAAGCCUGUUAAAAUUAAAGGACAACCAGAAAGUGGGAUUCUAAAGACAGGAACUUUUAGAGAGAAUACAGAGGAUACCGAAAGAAAUAAAGCUCAACGAGAACCUUUGACAAGAGCGCGAAGUGAAGAAAUGGGGAGGAUUGUACCAGGAUUGCCUUCAGGCUGGGCCAAGUUUCUUGACCCAGUUACUGGAACCUUUCGUUAUUAUCAUUCACCCACCAACACUGUUCAUAUGUAUCCACCGGAAAUGGCUCCUUCAUCCGCACCUCCUUCAACCCCUCCAACUCAUAAAGCUAAGCCACAGGUUCCUGCUGAGCGGGAUAGGGAGCCUUCCAAGCUGAAGCGCUCCUACUCCUCCCCAGAUAUAACCCAGGCUGUUCAAGAGGAAGAGAAGAGGAAGCCAGCUGUAACUCCAGCAGUUAAUCGAGAAAACAAGCCAAUAUGCUACCCUAAAGCUGAAAUCUCAAGGCUUUCUGCUUCUCAAAUUCGGAACCUCAAUCCUGUUUUUGGAGGAUCUGGACCAGCUCUCACUGGACUUCGUAAUUUAGGGAAUACUUGUUACAUGAACUCAAUAUUGCAGUGCCUGUGCAAUGCUCCACAUUUGGCUGAUUAUUUCAACCGAAACUGUUAUCAGAAUGAUAUUAAUAGGUCCAAUUUGUUGGGGCAUAAAGGUGAAGUGGCGGAAGAAUUUGGGAUAAUCAUGAAAGCCCUAUGGACAGGACAGUAUAGGUAUGUCAGUCCAAAAGAUUUUAAAAUCACCAUUGGGAAGAUCAAUGACCAGUUUGCAGGAUACAACCAGCAAGAUUCACAAGAACUGCUUCUAUUCCUAAUGGAUGGUCUCCAUGAAGAUCUAAAUAAAGCUGAUAAUCGAAAGAGACAUAAAGAAGAGAAUAACGAUCAUCUUGACGACUUUAAAGCAGCAGAGCAUGCUUGGCAGAAACACAAGCAGCUCAAUGAAUCCAUCAUUGUUGCACUGUUCCAGGGUCAGUUCAAAUCCACAGUGCAGUGCCUCACGUGUCACAAAAAGUCGAGGACAUUUGAGGCCUUCAUGUAUUUGUCUCUGCCAUUGGCGUCCACAAGUAAAUGUACACUACAGGAUUGCCUUAGAUUGUUUUCCAAAGAAGAAAAACUCACAGAUAACAACAGAUUUUACUGCAGUCAUUGCAGAGCCCGACGGGAUUCUCUAAAAAAGAUAGAAAUAUGGAAGUUGCCACCUGUGCUUUUAGUGCAUCUGAAACGUUUUUCCUAUGAUGGGAGGUGGAAGCAAAAAUUACAGACAUCUGUGGACUUCCCAUUAGAAAAUCUUGACUUGUCACAGUAUGUUAUUGGUCCAAAGAACAACUUGAAGAAAUACAACUUGUUUUCUGUUUCCAAUCACUAUGGCGGUCUGGAUGGAGGCCACUACACCGCCUAUUGUAAAAAUGCAGCAAGACAGCGCUGGUUUAAAUUUGAUGAUCACGAAGUUUCUGACAUCUCCGUUUCUUCUGUGAAGUCUUCAGCAGCUUAUAUCCUCUUUUAUACGGCAUUGGGACCACGAGUGACUGAUGUAGCCACAUAAGGAGAACUUAAUAGUAAGCUAGUUAUCUUUUAAAAGGCUCAGAAGCACAGCUCUUCAAAUGCUUACAGUUACUGGAAAGCUCUUGCUGGCCGUUUAGAGUAAUUCUAGGGCAGUGGGAGUUGUUACUAUAUUUCAGGUCAGUGCUAAUAUCAAAAAACUGACUAAUACCAUCUAACAAGUAUUACAGUAAGCAACCCUUACAAGUACCAUUUAUUUCAAAACAACUUUUUUAGUCUGCUCCAAAGUUAAAAUAAUUACCUAGUUAAGCAUUAUUAUUCUGUUGUUCUACAGACCAUUGUAUCCUUUCCUUUCCUUUUCACUGUAUGGCCUUGUCACAUUUCUGAAGCCCAGCUUCAUCAAUUAUGAGUCCUCUAAAAUGACAUAAAGCAGAUAACAAUGUAUGUGUAUAUAGUUAUUGCACACUUGCACAUCAAAUUGAUGUACAUAAUAUAACGUGGUCCUCUCAUUAAGCCUAGAACUCAGAGAGGAUUGCUUUUUUUUUUUUUCCCCCUGGGUCACUGCAGUGCUUUCUUAGGGAAAUGACAGGGCAAAGCUAUUUUUCUGUUGGCUUUGGGCUGUAUUUGUGCACUAAAUCUUUAUUCUAAAAAAUAAAUGGAAAUUUUUCUUUAAUUUUUUAAAAGAGAAUUUUAUUUACACUUACAUUGAAAUCUUAAUGAGAAAAAUAACUUAAAACCCUGUGAGUGUUCUGCCUUUAAUGUUGUAUGAUCAAACACAGUACACUCGACCCUAGAUUUUACACACACCCCUUAUAUAUACACACACUGUAUCCUGCUGCAUUGAUUUAAAGUUAUUUCACUUAUCCUGUUGCAUCAAGGCUCAAUUCCAUUCUAACUUCAGCUGGACACCUGCACUGCAUGUCACACUUAACAAUUCUCAGAUUUGAGGUCAAAAUAAGAUAUAAAUUAGCACCCACGUUCACUGUAUCAGGAGUAGUAGAGUUCUUAGGAUUGAAGUGAUAAGGGAUAGGAGUCAGGCGUCACUGCCAAGUGAACUACAUUAUGAACCACGUCUUCACAAAGUGAUGUGUUAAAAGGAAUAGAGGAGCUUAGACUUUACCAUUUACCUCAGGGCACUCAGUUGCUAUAGAUGAAGUCAUUAAGACGCUCCAUAUAACAAUGAGAUUCUAAAAGUGCUCCUGAAAGACGUUACCACUGGUGGACUCUCAGGGAGAGGAUGAAAGGAUGGGUUUUGAAUUGUGAAGGUGAGAACUUUUCAUGUUCUGCAAUUAGUCUAAGAGACUUGCAGCUUCUUUACUAAAUGAUUUUAUCAAUUAAAUAUUUUCAAAUCACAUUCUUAAGGUCACAGAGCCAUUUGAACAAAAAUUAUUUUUGUUUGGCUCCAUGAAGUAUCUUUGGAAAAUAAUUUGCUGAGUAUACAUAAUUGUAAUGAGAAAUUUGAUGGUAGAAAUCCACCCUAAUAAACACGAGUUUGAAGUCUGAACUCCA